ACUCCCCCAGCAUAAAUAGUCUGCUUAAUUGUAAUGAUCACUUCAGGUUUUACCAAUGGCUGCUCUUCUGUUUCAAAUGUCUGUGGUGUUUCUUGCAGACCUCGUCCUGAUUUCUUUUACCGUUGCUUUCCGGAUGGAAUAAUGAAUUCUGAAAUGCACUGCACGGGUGAUCCAGAUGUGGUAUCAGAAGGCAGGAAAAGCUUUCCUAGCAUCCAUUCUUCCUUUGCAUUUUCAGGCCUUGGCUUUACCACCUUCUACUUGGCUGGGAAGUUGCACUGCUUCACUGAGAAAGGACGUGGGAAAAGCUGGAGGCUCUGCGCAGCAAUUCUACCUCUGUACUGUGCCAUGAUGAUCGCUCUAUCACGCAUGUGUGAUUACAAGCAUCACUGGCAAGAUGCUUUUGUUGGAGGAGUCAUUGGCCUCAUAUUUGCUUACAUUUGUUACAGACAGCACUACCCUCCAUUGGGUAACCUGACUUGUCACAAGCCUUACGUCAGCCUCCUAGUUCAGACAACACAGAAGAAAGAAGAGACACCUACAGCAGAUAAUGCUACCAGUCUGCCUCUAGAAGGGAUAACAGAAGGUCCAGUAUGA